CCGUGGUCUGCGGUCACAAUGCUGUUCCUGCUCGGUCUGAUGCUGCUGUGUACAGAAGUGGUUGCAGACUGCACAUUAAUCCCGGGGAAGCUGAAGCAGAUCGAUGCCGGAGCUGGCCAAGUGUACGGCGUCAGUGAUAAAGAAGAGAUUUUCAGAUGGGUGAACAAUACCUGGGAACAGAUUCCUGGAAAACUUACCCAUGUGUCAGUCGGCCCCGCCGGAGUUUGGGGCGUCAGCAGGGCCAACCUAGUCUACAAGUUCCAUAACAAUAGCUGGAUGUCUGUAUCAGGAGAGCUGAAGCAAGUGGAUGCGGGGGGUAUGAGGUUCCUGGGUGGAGUGAAUGCUAGAGACAACGUACUUUGCCUGAGACGGAGCUGCACUCUCUCAAACUCCUCGGUGGUGAGCUUCGUGUUAUUGGACGGUGGACUGAAGUAUUACAGCUGCGGACCUAUGGGCUGCUGGGGAGUGAACAGCAACAAACAAAUCCUCUACCGCUACAAUGUCAAACCUGCGGCCUGCAAGGGAAGUCAUUGGCAACAUGUUGAUGGCAGUUUGGAAAUGCUGGAGGUUGGCAUGGAUGGUUCCGUGUUUGGUGUCAACACUGCGGGUGAAGUUUUUAAAAGGGAGGGCAUCACUAAAUCUACCCCACUGGGUACAUCAUGGGUCUUCCAGGACUUCUGUGGCACAUUUAAGCACGUCACUUAUGAUGAUGGCAUUUUGUGGCUUCUUGAUCAGUACGGAGACAUCUAUCGAUGUUCAGACACCAGCAAGAAUAUUAAUAAUAAUGAAUGAUGAAAUAUAAGUAUGCGGAUGGUGGGUUGAAC